AUGUAUCUCUUGCCUUUCAUGACAUGGCUUACCGCGAGCCCAAUUGUAGUCAAAGCGGCUUACGACCCAAGUGUUGUCGCAUUAUCCGCAGCAGAUACCGGCUGUAUCGCGUUUCUGAAUGCAGGGGAUGGACAGGUCAUCGUAGUCGAGACCAGUCUCGUUAACAAUGCAUAUAGCAUCGGCAGCCCCAACUUUGGAGCCGGCGACUUUCGAGCUACAUCAAUUGCACCUGUAUUGGGCGAACUGAUCCAAACAUAUAUCACUGACGCAGGCGGAAAAGUUUGGAAGUACACCUAUAUUCCUGGUUAUGGAUGGAUGAGUGGUGAUGGCUGGGAAACUAACUCCGAAACGGGACAAUCUCGCCUCCCUGCAGGACAGUGGCAAGACAGCCAGGGAAGCGUGUACACUGUAACAAAAGGAUCAGGGGCAGUCUGUUACAGUUACAGUAGCUCUUUCAGAGAUACCCCGCCCUCAUGUAGAAACUUCGUUACAAAGCCUGCUUUCGCUUCCGAACUAUCUCACAUAUCAACUGCGCAAGCUACAAACAAUGGAAUCAGCUCGGUAGUUCAUUACGUCGGGCUAUCCAGUGCAGGGGAUCUACUUUAUGCUAAGCAAUGGUCGAAGAGCGAUGGGACCAGCUAUUUUACACAACAAAAGCUUGGUGGAACGUUAGUAUUCGUCGGUGAACCACUUAUCACUCGCAAAUCUCAUACAGAGUUUGAUAUUUGGGCUAUUGCCAAUACCAAAAAAUUAUUCCACCGAUCUUAUACUGGUACUGUGGACACCAGUAUUUGGACAGAGGUAAGUUUUCCGAAAAUCCGAUAAUUUGUAAGGUGCGCCUGACCAUAUCUCUUCUUGUAAUGGGAGGAUCUCGGUGACUACAACAGUCUCGCCAAGCCCGCGGUAGCUUACGACGCAGCAAACAACACCUACAUAAUGACUCUCGAUCUCAAUAACAACAACAAAUAUAACUGUCGGGACAGGGAUCAUGUGACCGCACUAGCGCUUACGCUAGUGCCUCAGCAUUUAAAUAUAGACGUAUCAUAGCCCUAGCUUUUAGAACCUCAAG